ACCCAAAUCAAUCCCCGCCCCCCGCGCCUCCCGGCCUCUUUCCGAAAAACCCUAAAUCCCGGUCGCUGCGCCUCCUCCUCCUCGGCCACCACUGUAGCCACGCCGACGCCUCUCCGGCCCUCCUCUUCUCUUUUCAAGUUUCAAAAUGGGUGCACUGAAAAAACCACAGCUUUUAUUUUCUGAGCCUGCAACAAUGGAAGAUACCAUGGAUGACAUUGAUGAAGAGAUGAUGGAUUCUGAAUCCGAAAGCGAAGAUGAAGAGGUUCCUCUCACUGAACCUUCAAAAGCUGCCAUCCACAACAAAGAAGGCCUUCUCGAAAAGCUUGAAGACAUAGCCUGGCCUGAGAAUGCAGAUUGGAUCCAUAGACUCACCGUUGACUAUGAUUUGCCUGCAGAUAUCGAUGUGAAUGAUGACUUGGCACGUGAAAUGUCAUUUUACACUCAAGCUCUAGAUGGAACUCGACAAGCGUUUGAGAAGUUGCAGGCAAUGGGACUGCCAUUUCUUAGGCCACCAGAUUACUACGCUGAGAUGGUCAAGCCAGAUUCUCACAUGUUAAAGAUCAAAGGAAAACUUUUAGAGGAGAAGAAGAAGAUUGAGGAGGCAGAAGAGAGGAAGAAGGCGAGAGAGUCCAAAAAGAUUGCUAAAGAGGUCCAAGCUCAGAAGAACAAAGAGAGGACUAAGCGCAAGAAAGAGGAUAUUGAGUCUGUUAAGAAAUGGAGGAAGCAGAGGCAACAGAGUGGGUUUGCUAAAGGAAAAGGCGAGGAAAUGGAUUUUGAUUUGGAUGGUGAGAAAAAUUUUGGAUCGAAGAAGGGGAGGCCAGGGGUUGCUCCCGGAGAUCGGUCUGGAGGAGUUCGUAGACACGGGAGUAACAAGAAGAGGGAGAAGAGGGAGUCUAAGUUUGGUCAUGGUGGUCGAAAGGGGACGAAGAAGCAAAAUACUGCUGAUACUACUAAUGAUUUGAGGGGUUUUAACAAAGGUGAGUUUCCAGGGAAUAAGAGAAGAAAGCGAUAAUUUGUUUAUCGUUUUUGCAUUGUGUCUUAUUCAGAAAAUCUUGUGGGAGUUUUAGUUGUGGUCUUGCUUUCCAUUUGUUUUUGCUAAUGGGAUUUUCAUUUGAAGCUCUCGCUAUUGUACCUUUUGUUUUGGUAAUGAAGUUUGUCUGUUGAAUCCUCUUGUUGUUUAUUGUUCUCUGAGCAAAGUUGAGUAAGCUGAAGCAGGGGUUUGUUA